GCCUUAGAGCCGGGCAGGCAGGCAGCGGGGACAAAGCUCCUGCCCCUGCUCACCUGCUCGGACCCAGACCCAGACCCAGCCCGGCUCCAGACCGCGCCCGCCAUGCGGGGCCCGAGUGCGGCCCUGGGGCUCCUCCUGGCUCUGCGCACCGUGCUCAGCGGGGCGGAGGUGCGGUGGUGCACCACCUCGGACCCGGAGCAGCAGAAAUGCAGCGACAUGAGCAACGCCUUCCGGAGAGCCGGGGUCCAGCCCCCGCUGCGGUGCGUCCAGGGCACCUCCGCCGACCACUGCGUCCAGCUCAUCACGGCUGGGGAAGCAGAUGCCAUCACCCUGGACGGAGGAGCCAUUUACGAGGCGGGGAAGGAGCACGGCCUGAAGCCCGUGGUGGGUGAAGUGUAUGAUCAAGAGGUCGGCACCUCCUACUACGCGGUGGCCGUGGUCCAGAGGAGCUCCAACCUGACCCUCAGCAGCCUGAAGGGCGCCAGGUCCUGCCACACGGGCAUCAACCGGACGGCGGGCUGGAACGUGCCCGUGGGCUGCCUGGUGGAGAGCGGCAGCCUCUCGGUGAUGGGCUGCGACGUGCUCGGAGCUGUCAGCGAGUUCUUCGGGGGCAGCUGCGUCCCAGGGGCCGGAGAGACCAGCUACUCCGAGUCCCUCUGCCGCCUGUGCCGGGGCGACGCGGCCGGGGAGGGCGUGUGCGACAAGAGCCCCCGGGAGCGGUACUACGACUACAGCGGGGCCUUCCGGUGCCUGGCGGAAGGGGCCGGGGACGUGGCCUUCGUGAAGCACAGCACAGUGCUGGAGAACACUGACGGACAAACCCUGCCCUCCUGGGGCCAGGAGCUGCGGUCACGGGACUUCCAGCUGCUGUGCCUGGAUGGCAGCCGGGCCGACGUCACUGAAUGGAGACGAUGUCACCUGGCCCGGGUGCCCGCUCAUGCCGUGGUCACCCGGCCUGACACCGACGGAGGCCUCAUCUUCCGGCUGCUCAACGAAGGCCAGCGUCUGUUCAGCCACGAGAACAGUAGUUUCCAGAUGUUCAGCUCUGAGGCCUACGGCCAGAAGAACCUGCUCUUCAAAGACGCCACCUCGGAGCUGGUGCCCAUCGCCACGCAGACCUACGAGGCAUGGCUGGGCCCUGAGUACCUGCGUGCCAUGAAGGGUCUCCUGUGUGACUCCAACCGGCUGCCCCGCUACCUGCACUGGUGUGUGCUGUCCGCUCCUGAGAUCCAGAAGUGCGGGGACAUGGCCGUGGCCUUCAGCCGGCAGAGGCUCCGGCCGGAGAUCCAGUGUGUGUCGGCCGAGUCCCCGCGGCACUGCAUGGAGCGAAUCCAGGCCGGGCAAAUCGACGCUGUGACCUUGAGGGGUGAGGACAUUUACACGGCUGGGAAGACAUAUGGCCUGGUUCCGGCGGCUGGCGAGCAGUAUGCCCCGGAGGACCGGAGCAACGCGUACUUCGUGGUGGCCGUGGCACGGCGGAACAGCUCCGCCGCCUUCAGCCUGAGCGAGCUGCGGGGCAAGCGCUCCUGCCACCCGGCCCUGGGCAGCCCGGCCGGCUGGGCCGUCCCCGUGGGCGCCCUGGUGCGGAGGGGCCUCGUCCGGCCCCGGGACUGCGACGUGCUCACAGCGGUGAGCGAGUUCUUCAGCGCCAGCUGCGUGCCCGCCAACAGCCCCGGGCACUACCCGCCCUCGCUGUGCGCGCUGUGCGUGGGGGACGAGCAGGGCCGCCACCGGUGUGUGGGCAGCAGCCAGGAGCGGUACUUCGGCUACAGCGGCGCCUUCAGGUGCCUGGCCGAGCACGCGGGGGACGUCGCCUUCGUCAAGCACACGACCGUCUUCGACAACACGGACGGCCACAAUCCCGAGCCCUGGGCUGCGGAGCUCCGGGCGGAGGACUACGAGCUGCUGUGUCCCAACGGGGCCCGCGCAGAGGUGUCUCAGUUCGAAGACUGCAACCUGGCCCAGAUACCGUCCCAUGCGGUGAUGGUGCGGCCGGACACCAACGUCUUCGCCGUGUACGGGCUGCUGGACAAGGCCCAGGGCCUGUUUGGAGACGACCACAACAAGAACGGGUUCAAGAUGUUCGACUCCACCGACUACCACGGCCAGGACCUGCUGUUCAGGGACGCCACGGUCCGGGCGGCGCCCGUGGGGGAGAGGACCACCUACCUUGACUGGCUGGGCCCCGACUACGUGGCGGCCCUGGAAGGCAUGCUGUCCCAGCAGUGCUCACGGGCAGGCCUCGCCGCCAGCGCCUCCCCGCUGCUGCUGCUGCUCCCGCUGGCCCUCGCGGCCGGCCGCCUCCCGCCCGCCCCCUGAAGCAGCCCUGGCCAGCCUCCCCUCCCUGGAACGGAAACCCACCCAGAAACCUCUAUAAAUAAGCUGUUCUCCUCGGAAAGCCAGCUGACACCGGAGAGAAACGUGUGAUGGGAGAGGAAAUGUGCUCACACGGAGCUCUCAGAGCUGCGGUCCCGACACUGAAGCUUCGGAGUGGAAACGACGAAGGCUCGAGAAAAGUCCCCCACCCUCCAGCUGCCUCUCCUGCUGGCACCCAGCUCCGCCUCCCGCACCACCUGCCCCUCUGCCACCUGAGGCAGCUGGCCCGCCUGCCAGGCACAGCCCACCCGCAGCUGGCACCACCUCCCCGCAAACCUGCAGCUCCACCACCUGGGCCUCACGGGCUCGGGCUUGGAAAAGGCCGGUUGCCAAGGAAACAGGCUGAGCCGGACGUCCCACAGGGCCUCCUCUGCGGGAGCUGCCCCCGGGGGCUGUGAGAUGACAGGCCUGCGGGGACCUCCCUGCCGGUUCCCACUUCCCCUCUGGAGAAGGACACUGCACCGCCAUCAGCUCCCUCCCCACCCCAUCUGUCCUCAAGACUCGGUCCCAGCCUCCCUCCUGAGGACACUGUGUCUGGCCACUACGGCUUCCACCAGAUGAGCCACAGCCAGGCCCUCGGAGGAGCCAACGCCUCUGGCUCCGGCAGCCCCACGGUCUCGCCUUUGUGUCUUGGUGUGGCCCUGACCACUGGCCCCCUGACUGCUGAGCUGGCGAGGCCAGGGAGCCGGGGCUGGGCCAUUGGGACGAAAUCCUCCAGGGCUCCUCAGACAAAGGAAACGCUCCUUAGUAAGAUUUCUUAAGGGGCCUGAGGCAGGUCAGGGUCUAAACACCCGUUUGCUGUCAGGAAGGAGGGAGGCUCAGAGCUAGACAUGCUGUCGUCCUGGGCCCUGCCAUUCGGUGGAUUCGGCUGCACCAGACUCUGCCCUGGGGUGAAGCCCAGUCAGCAGGAGUCCCUCCGCCUGUGUUUCCUCCUCUUCGGCUCCAUCUCAGAUCACCCCUCCCGCACCAGCAGUGUGCCGCCCGCCCCUCUGCAGCUAGGCCUGUCCCUCUGGCAGCAGCAGCUGGGUGCAGCCCCAAGGGACCUCGGAAGCACCGGGAACUGGCAGAUCCUCUCUCUCUGUCAGAAGAGCCACAGGCCCAGGUCAGGCAGGCGCUGGCGGAGCACGGCCUCCUCACAGUGUGCCAGGGGCCUCCUCACCCAGCCCUGCACCCUGCAGGCCGGAGGCCACUCUCCCAGGAAGGUUCCCUCUGCCUGUUCCCGGGAGAGUCCGCGAAGUGCCUGGAGAGGGUCCUCGCUCGACUCCGCUGUCGCCACAGCUGUCCGAGGAGCCAGAACACGUCCCAGAGCUGCGAGCCCUUACCCUGAAUGUCGCUCCCUGGAAAACCAAAGCAAGAGAAGCCACAGGAGAGAAACCUGGAGCCGCGUGGGCCUGAGCUGCUUCCAUCCCCGCCUGCGGGGCCUCAGAGACACUGAGGACAAGCGAGGAUCCCAGGGCUGCACCCCCACCUGUGGGUGCGGGGUCCCUGCCAUCCCUCAGCUGCAAAGGAGGCCCCUGGCAGCACCCUGGCCAUCGUCACACCAUCCUGAGGGGUCCUGGCCACCACGCUGGGCAAGCCUUCCCCCACCACCACCACCACCAUCACCACGAGGGCCCAGGAGGAGCCCCUCUGCUCCCAAGCUUUGGACCCUCGUCACUGGGGCAGCAAAGGAUUCUUCUCCGACGGUUUGAUUUUUCUAAGGGGGAUCCGUGCAGUGAGAAGUGUAAUUGGGUUAGGAAGCCGCCAGCGUGUGACCGCUCUGCGGUGAGCCGCCCGAGGUGUGACCCCGACUGCGAGGUUAUGGCCGGGGCCCCCGCUGUGCUAGCGCCGGGAGAAGGUGGUUUGUUCUCAAUAAAGCCAAACAGCCCUGCACCUGCCGAGGCGUGGGUCCCGAUA